UAGGUUUCAUAUUCCUCCCAGCAGCGGCCACCGCGCUGAGUUUGGAUUCGGGAUGGGCGACCUGGGGCCGUGACGUCACAAAAGCGGACACGUGCCACCACUCGCGGCUCCCAGUGUGGCCAAGAUGGGACAUGGAUGAAGCCAUGAGUUUCCUGCUCCCCCUGCUUGUCCUGCUGGUGGCCAGUACAGCUGUCCUGCUGGCCACCUGCAUUUGGAAGGAACGGAAGCGCCUCAGGGGCCGGGCCAGGGGGUCCCGGCGCAGCCGAGCGACUCCAGAGGCUCCCGGUUCCCCCCCGGCUGAGGAGACCCCUCCCCACGGCCCGGCUGCCCCCGGGAGCCCCCUGUACAUCCCCUGCGGCUGCGGCCCCGGCUGCGCCCCCUGUGCGACAGCGGCCCGGGAGCUGCAGGACCUGGUGACACCGCUGUGGCCUGGGGUGUCCUUCCCGCAGGACUCGGAGAUGUGGCAGCUGUUGUGGGAGGACCUGGGGCAGCUGCUGGAGCGAGGCCACCUGCCCUGCUGCGCCUCCUCCUCCUGCUCCUGCUUCUUCAGCUCCUCUGGGAGCCUCCAUCCUUCCCGGAGCCUCAGUGGCUGCUGCCAGACUCCGGAUGGGGAAGACCCCGUGGACAGAUCUUGCUGCUCCCCUGGAGCUGCAGGCAUGAGGAGAAAUUUGUCAUCCUUGAGGAUGCACGUGGCCAAGAAGAACCUGGAAGUAAAGCUGAGAGCCCAGCCCGUUCCAGUGAGGCGUUCCCAGGAGCAACUGGUGCAGCGGCAAGCGUCACUCCAUUCCUCGGAGAGCCUCCCCUGCUCCUCGAGCCUCAGCGGGAGCUGCCAGACUGUGGACAGUGGAGAAGAUGCCACGGACAGCUCUCCGUGUUCCCCGGAAUCCGCGGAUAUCAGCGGAACCCGCUCAGUCCUGAGGAUGCACAUGGCCAAGAAGAGCCUGGAAGUCAAACUGGGAGCCCAGCCUGCUCCAGUGAGGAGCUCCCAGCAGCGAGUGGCACAGCAGGAAGUGUGCUGGAGCCGCAGGCGGCCGAUCCACAGCUCCCACAGCACUGCAGUGCAGCCAAAUAGGAGCACCCGCUGCUCGGAGUCCAAGAUCCUCCAGAGGCAAAGGGAGCUGGAAUUCCCCCAUCUCCGGGGAGCUCCUCCAAGCCGGAUGAGGCUCCUAUUGGCCGCUCAGAUACUUCUGAGGAUGCUCUGUUUUAAAUAAAUCGGCAUUUCCCCAAAG